AUGUUUUGCAUCGCGCGGCCCGGAAAGUCAGAGGAGCAGCGUGCCGAAGAGAUUGCCAACUCCAAGCACAGCGCCCAGAUCGACAAGCAGCUGAAAGAGGAAUCCAAGUCAGCCGAGCACAGCAUCAAGCUGCUAUUACUGGGAUCUGGCGAGUCGGGAAAAUCAACUAUCCUGAAGCAGUUCAAGCUCAUUUACGGGACGGGAUUCACAGAGACGGAUAUGGUGACCUACCGAUCGGCCAUCCUCGGAAACAUUGUCGGGUCAAUGAAGGUUCUCAUUUCCGAGUCGUGCAGCGCCGGGAUCGCGUUUGAGUCGCCCAAUGCCGAACGCGAUGCAGACCCAGCGAGCCUCAGCGGCCGGGAAGAAUAUGCUCGGAUGGUCUCAGACCUGCCAUACGUGUUUAUGAAUACGGCCGGCCAGGAGAUGAUCUCGUCCGAGGUGCUCAAAGCCAUGGAGACCUUGUGGGCCGACCCCGGGAUCCAGAUGUGCUAUCAGCGGUCCCACGAGUUCCAGCUCCCAGACAGCUGUGCAUACUUCAUGAACAAGGUCCGAGAGAUCUGCUCGCCAAACUACACCAUCACAAACGACGACGCCCUCCGUGUCCGGAUCAUGACCACCACCAUCACCGAGAGCAAGUUCAACAUCAACGGCGCCAUCUAUCGGGUCAUUGAUGUUGGUGGCCAGCGCAGCGAGCGGCGCAAGUGGAUCCACUACUUUGACGAUGUCCGGGCGGUUCUGUUUGUGUCGGCCGUGGGGUCGUAUGACCAGACGAUCUCUGAGGACCGGUCAACCAACCGAAUGAUCGAGGCACUGGAUGUGUUCCAGAAGGUGGCCAACAGCUCGGCGCUGUCGAACACAGCGUUUCUCGUUUUCCUCAACAAGAUCGAUUUGCUGGAAGAGAAGCUGAGCAACCCGAGCAAACCGUUCAACAAGUUUUUCCCAGACUUUCAAGGUCCGAACCAAGUGGACGCUAUCCAAAACUACUUCAUCACAAAAUUCAAGGCCGCCAGCAACAAUCCAAAUCGCAUCAUGUACUUUUAUCUCACCAAGGCCACCGACACGAACCAAACAAAAGUGACCCUGAAAGUCGUUGCGUCCAUCACCCUGCAGAUGAACUUUGCCAAUUGUGGGCUGUAG